AGCGGCAUCGUUAUCGUGGUGCGGUGACGGUUGUUUACACCAUGGCAUCCGGCGGUGAAAACGCAGCCGAAGAACGAACAGAAACAUCAACUCCAGCUCAACCCAUUUCCAAUGUCGUUUCCGAAACGACUAACAAAGUAAUAGGAAUGGAUAAGGAUGGCGAUUUGUCUGGUGCACCAGCAAAGAAAUCUCGUGUUGAAGUACAAUCUCUUCCAACUAGACAGUAUUUGGAUCAGACAGUAGUACCGAUAUUGCUGCAAGCUUUGUCUUGCUUGGCCAAGGAGAGACCAGCUGACCCCAUAAGCUUUCUAGCCGGCUAUUUAUUAAGAAACAAAAGUCAAUACGAUAGUGGUGGCUCGCCACCGACUAGUCAAUGAAUGCUUCCAUUGUUUCUUGAGCAUGUGUUUUGUGAAAAACUCUGUGACGUUGCUUUGUAAGAAUCGUGUUUGAUUCUAUACAAGGACAUAUUGCUACAUAUAUAUAAAUAUAUAUAUAUAUGGGAUGUAAUCAUAUAUAUUUUCGACAUUGACGCUGAUAACAAAGGUGUCUUUUUAUAGAGAAAAUAUGACUUUGUAAAAUACAUAAGCCGUUUUAUAUGUCAUUAUUUUAAAGAAAUAUUUAUUAUAUUAAAAAAAAAAAAACAAUUUAACAGCGAUAUAUCAGAAUUAUCAUUAUAGAAGCAACUAUGAUGAAAAUGCAAAAAAACAUUAAAGUGAUCUUUGUUAUGAGGCAUUAUGUUAAUUUUGCUAUAUAAGUGCUAAUGUUUAAAUAAAAUACAAUUGAAGAAAAAUAAAGUAAUACGCAUUUGCUGAGAAGAUACCACGAAGAGUUCGAAAUACAUUAGGAAGCGUAUUGACUUAUAUUUGCAAAUUUUCGAUGCGAAAACGCAUGAGAGCAAGAUUGUAGAGAAGAGCCGCUACAAUCGGUCCAAUAAAUCGUAAUGAACCCUCUGCGCUCGCGUCGAUUUUAAUUGGAACGGCGAUUUAAUUGGAGGCAAUUAAAUGUAAUCGCGCAAUGAAUCGGCGUUAAAUUUAUCUCGCGCUCCAAUAAAAUCGAUAAUUUGCGUCGAACGUUGCAACGCUCUCGCGAGGAAAGAUGGAAAAAGACGACAUCUCUCGAGCGAAAUGUUCUUUUUAUUAUUCCUUCACCUUAUUUCGUUUCAAGUUGCGGUUUUCGUCCCGACGAAAACUCGUCUCUCGGUCUCCGACCGUCGAGCCAGGGUAAUUGGACUCUCUCCGAGUCGUCGGCGAGAGGCACGAGGAAAAGAAAAUCCGUGUAGCGUUCGGUUCCGAUUGUACCGCCCGAGCUCCAAACGACUACGCGAGAAGAUAUCGGGGUAAUUUCGUGGCCGACAAUUCGCGCGGCGACAUCAUCGGACUUGGUCCAAUUAACGGCAAGGGAUCCUCUCUUGCCCGAGUUCUUCUCUAUAUAUCCUUCGGUAGAGACCUUCGACCCUCACUCGUACACACACGUAUAUAUACAUUGAUCGCGAGCUCUUAGUCCUUUGUUUCGUGCCCGUUUAGCUGGAAGAGACGGCGCGUUUCUGUUCUGAUAAGAUAAAGGCACUAAGCAGUAUUUUUGCCGAACUCCAGUUCCUCGUACAAAGUACUUUAACCAGUAAUUUGCCCUCUUUAGAAACGUUAGGUUCGCUUGUCUGGAAAAUGAGAAAAGCCGGGGGGAGAGAAUAUUCUAACGGAACAAAAACGUGACAAUCUCCCGAAUGUGUCUCUUUCACUUUUUUUUUUUUGAAAACACGACGAAAAAGAAAAUCUUAAAUUACAAAUACUCCAUUUGUUUUUUUUACACUUAUUAUCCGUCACUCCAAACGAAACUUCUGCGCGUAGAAUAGAUGAAAAAAAAAAAAAAAAAAAA